UAUAUCAAAUUUCACACGUGACUGAAUUUUUCUAAGAAGUACACAAAGUUUUACCAAGAAAUGUUCAACCGGUUGUGGAAUUGUGCACAGGGCAUUAAAUCGCAACAAACAUGCAAUACAUCUGAAUGCUGAGAAGAAAAUACUUGCCUGACGCCAAAGAUUUGCCAGAAAAAAAGCGAAACUCGAGCUGGACAAAGUAUUCGUGUUUUCAAAGAGGCUGAGUCUGUGAACUGAGCUCCUAAAUCUGAAAGUUCACAUACUGGCAAUUGGUCUUGUCUCUUGGUGACUAAACUGAACGCAAAUGAAAUAAACAAACUGGCUCUAAAAACCUAGGUUGGGCACUCGAAUGGCUCUGCCUCCAAUGGCGACAUUACUUCAUGUCUUAGUUGUUAUAAACAUGCUCCAACAAGCCACUUGGUCAGCAAAUAUAUAUGUUUCUAACAGAGCAACGAAAGAUGAGGAUUGUGGUACGAGUGAGGAAGAUCCCUGUCGUACAAUCAACGCUGCUUUGAAGAUUGAGAAAAAAGGUUUGUCUCAGAUAACCAUCAUAUCUACCGGGAGCAAAUACCAAGAUUGUCCGAUACAAGUAAACAAGCCUUUCGCUUUCAAAGGGCUCUACGGAAGUCCGGUCAUAGACUGUGGUGGCAGGGAUGCUUUUGUAUUUAAUUUCGAUGUGGAGAAAGAACAACCAUCUUCAAUAAAACUUGAUGUCUCGAACCUCGAUUUACAAAAUUCGAGAGCAGGGUUCAAGUUCCUGAGUAAAACAAGUGUUGUUAACUUGCGCUUGGAGAAUAUAACAUUCACCAACAACAAAGUCGAUGUGACGUGGAGUGACUCGCCCCUUUGUUUUUUGGUAAUGACAAAUGUACAUACAUUUGGCCGUUCCGGGAAUGCGAUUGAAAUAGAAGGCUGCAACAGAACCACGCUGUCGUUGGUAAACACUAAAAUCCGUGGAAAAUACUUCAAAGUUUUAUCGACCAUAAAAAGUUCCAUUUUAAAAAUAAGUAUGAAUGGAGUCACAUUUGAUAUGAGUAGUCGAGCAACUGAUUCUUCUAAAGGAACCUCAUCUCUCUCCCCGGUGGACAUAGUGACAGCAUUGGAAAAAACUUCGAUAACCAUCACAUCAUCGGCGUUUCUUAAUCACUUUGGACAGAGAAGUGGUAUGAUCAAUAUAACGGGCUUUAAGAAAUCGAAGAAAGGAUACGCUUCGCCGAUAAACAUAUACUUUUCCAACGUAUCAUUUGUGAACAACAAAGCGUUGCGUGGUGUUGGUGGCGCUGCCUCGUUUAAUCUUACAAAUAAACUUACGAAAACGAUCAAGCAUAGUGUCAAAUUUCAAGGGUGUUCUUUCACCGGUAAUGCAGCUUCGAGUGGUGGCGCUGUUUGGUUUUCAGAUUGGGGGAAGAAAUCUGUGCUAUUUCUCGACUGCACCUUCAAGGAUAACAAAGCACAAGACAAAGUUAUGGAGACUGGUAGUGGAGGGGCAUUAUUUGCUCUAGGUGGCAAAUUCGCCAUCACAAAGUGCAAAUUUAUUGGCAAUACGGCUGCAAAAUCUGGAGGAACGUUAUACCUUUCUAACAGAAAUGUGACAUCCAUUCGAGUAACGGAUUCAGCUUUUCAGAAUGCGCCGUUCUUGGAGUAG